AUGGACGACGCAAUAUUUAGCGCGGCCGAAGCGGCCGUAUACGACCGACAAAUGCGUCUGUGGGGUGUAGAAGCUCAGAAACGUCUGCAAAAUGCUCGUGUAUUGGUCAGUGGUCUUUCAACGCUUGGCUCCGAACUUGUAAAGAACCUGGUACUUGCUGGUAUGGGUGUCACGCUCCACGACACGGAGCCAGUGACACAAACAGCGGUGGAUUCACAGUUAUUCCUCUCAAAAGAGGAUUUGGGUAAAAAUCGCGCUGAGGCAUGUCUACCGCGCGUGCAGGAGCUUAAUCCACUAGUACAGGUUACAAGUGAGACGAAACCAUUUACCAACCUUCCGGACGACUUCUAUAAGCAAUUUACGGUGGUAUGUCUGGUGGGGGCUGAUCUAGAUACAGAGAUAAGACUGGACGUCCUGUGUCGUUCUUUUGGCACUGUGCUCUAUGCUGCCAGGAGUUUCGGACUUCAUGGUAUCGUGUUCGCCGAUUUAGGCGAGCACACGUUCCGUCGAGAUACUGUGGGAGCUGACUCGGCGCUGAACGAGCCGCAGAUGAUCAAGUUCCCGACUCUGGAGGAGGCUCAAAAAGUUCAGUGGAGCUCACUGCAAAGUUCUCGUAAGCGCGCACCUCAGCUACCACAAGUGUUUGUGAAGAAUCAACUGUUGCAAGGGUUCAAACGACAGAAGGGCGGGACGGCUCUCACUAGCAACGACCAGUUGUAUUUUAUCCAAUACGCAAAAGAGCAGUUUGUAAUCAACGGACUUGACGAAGACUACCUCUUGCCGGAUGAACUGCAGGCACUAGUGUGCAUCGCGGACACUGAACUUGUGCCGGUCUGCGCUAUCUUGGCAGGUGUCAUGGGUCAGGAGGUAGUCAGAGCCGUUUCGCAAAAGGACGAGCCCAUUUGCAACUACUUUUGCUUUGAUGGGGCUACAGGCAUCUCCACUGAAGAAACAGGGAGUGGAAAACGAGCAAAGAGAGUGUGGGUAGUGGCGGCUGCUGCAGCAAGGCAAGAGUUUUGUGGCUUUCAUGCCCUACGUUGCAUACAUGAGAAUAAGGGCCAGUGA